CAGGCGCAGGCCUAGUUUCCAGCAGUGCGCCGGUUGUGGUUGCGUCGAUGAUUGUGUCACCACUCAUGCCUCCGAUCCUCGGGCUGUGUUUUGGUGUUAUUGUCCGAGAUAAGCGCAUGAUAGUGAAGUCGCUGCGUAAUGAAGCCAUUGGUGCAGGGCUGUGUGUGCUUGUUGGUAUAUUCAUGGGCAUUGGCUGUAUCCCAUUCCGCGAGUAUAUCGGAUACCCAACACCCGAGAUGCAGUCCAGGGGAAAUGUUGUAGCUGUGCUUAGUGGGGCUGCUGUCGCCGUUCCCUCAGGCAUUGCUGUGGCCUUGGCCAUUGCAGGAGGUGUUAGUAGCACACUCGUUGGUGUGGCUAUCUCGGCGUCUUUGCUACCCCCACUCGUAAAUGCUGGGUUCAGUUUCGUGAUGUAUAUCGCAUCGAUGCCACACGACAAGCGCAUACCCAGUGAACUGCAGAUGGCGCUUAUCUCGCUGCUGCUGUUCUUCAAUAGCAUCUGCAUUAUCUUUGUUGUGGGAGUGCUGGUUUUUAAACUGAAGGCCAUAGCGCCUAUGCGACACACAGCGGUUCUGGGUGUGCGGAAGGCAGACGACAUGAUACGUGACUCCGAUGCCGUUUCGAACCUAUCUCAUCCCAACACCCGCUUCUACGGCAGCAUGAUGGACAUACAUCGGAGUCCGUUGCUAAGGCAACGAGGGACUGCCAAUCUCACAGAUAUCAGUGUGCAUGUCACAGGUGCACACACGCCCACAUUCGUCGGGGCGGAGGACAGUCCUUUACUGGCGGAUGCAUUGGCGACCGAGGUGCGCUGAGGAGCGCUGAUUGGGCCACUCAUGCGUUGGCAUGUGAGCCAUAGAACUGAUUGUACGGCCUGCUGCAUCACUAUGAUGUCUGUGAACCAUAGAACUGAUUGUACAGCAUUGUGUAUAGCGUAGAGAACUGUUGGCGAUAGAACUGACAUCGCCACGUUGGCCAUAGUUAGGGUGUUUAGUUCUCUGUGACUGUCGAUGCAGCGUGCACUGUAGUUUAGUGAACUGAUUGGAUAGUUGACUUCAAGUGAGUCUCUAUUCAUCGCUGGACGUGAGUUGGAUGAAUGACAGUCAACUGUAUCUACUGCAGGCGAAAAUGUAUUCUUAUUCACAGUCUUACUUGAAUUAAUAAAUAAAAAUCCCUAUCCCAUA